AUGCGGGAAUCAGUCAGGGUGAGUCAAACGUAUGCCUUGUCACUCUUGCAGCAUUUUGUCCUGUGCAGCAUAAAACACUUAUUGUAUGCAACAGGAAUAGUUCUGUUGCAGGGUUAGGGAGUCUGUGGCUCUUUGUGUUAUUGGACUCCCAACAACCCUCAGCAGUAAGCUCAGUGGUCAGGGAUGAUGGCAAUUGUGGUCUAAUAACAUCUAGAGGAACACAGCUUCUCCAUCUCUGUGCUACGGUAAGUGAAAUGUUGAGUGAUGAUUUGGAAGUGUUAACAAAAUUGUGUGGCUGGGGUGCUUUAUUCUGAGAGAGAGGUUUUUUUUAAUUAUUAUUAAAAAAAGAAGGAGGAUCUAAUUCCAUACUCUAAUCACUAUACCACACUUGUAGCUGAAGCUGGGACAGUACUGCAUUUUAUAUCCAAUAUUUUGACCCAUCGGUGAUCUACAAGGAUGUCAACUCAUGUAAUCUUAUUUAUUUACAUAUAUACCCCUUGGACCCUAUGACUUAGGAUGGGUUACAAUAGGAGACCUUCAAAAACCUACCCUUGUUGUUGUUGUUGUUGUUGUUGUUAGUGUACUUUUAAAGGCCAUGGUUUCAUCUGAUUAUAUUCUCUUACUGCUUCCUUUUCUUGACUAAAGGAAAUGCGAGAUCACAUAUCCAGUCCAGCAGCACAGGCCUUUGCGGAGAGGAAAAACAGAGAGGUAAGCACAUUUUACCACCCUCACCACACCUCAGUGUUUUGCUGGAAAUUUAUCCCCUGGGAGGGAAAGAAUUAUAAUUGGCAAUGGCUAGGGUAGCUCUUUAUCCCCGGUAGCAUCCCCCAUCCUGGUACCUUCAGAGUCUCCCACUCACCAAGUGGGCAGGGCCUGAUGGGAAUUGUAGUCCAGAACAUAUGAAGGGCACCAGGUUGGAGAAGGCUGGUCUAGAGCUUCUUUGCCACAAAGGAAGUACAGGUGGUCAUCUAACCAAGGGUAAGGUCAGCUUUCUUCUGCAAGGCGCAAAUUGCUUGCAUAAAUGGUCUCUCUCUCUCUUUUUAAAGUGAAACAUCCUUUGUCUCACUGUCAGUGUCCUUGGAGUGUGGAUUAUAGUCCAGAGCUCUUAUGAAAUGCAUGAUCACCCUUGUUGAUUCCCCCUUAAAUGAGUAGAACCACCUGAGAGCAUCAGCUUCUGAUCUCAACCCCACAUCUUUUAAGAGCCAUUUAAUUCUGGAAUGCAGUGAAAAAGGUUCCUGAUCUCCUUACCAGAGAAAGGCUCUUCCUAGGCCCUGAGUUCCACUUAACCCUGCAGAUUCUUCUACCCAGCUCACCCUUGCUUGCUUGCUUGCUUGGUCUCAGCUCUCCCGGGAGCACUAAGAAUCCUGGGCUUGCUCAGAUAGUGUCCCCCUUUUCCUCCCUCUGCAGAUGCUGGUGGGGAGCAGGGAACACUAUGGGAUGCUGGAUGCAGAGGAACUGUCAACAGCUAAUUCACAUACUUUGGAAGAGCAGCAGUUGCAUCAGAAGGUAAGAGCAGGGACAGUGAGCCACCCCAAUCCAUCAUUUUCACCAACAUCCCUUCCUACAGAGACCCAACCAUGUCCUCUAUCUUGAUACCUGCACUGAGAGAAAACUUGGGCUCUAGUGCAAAAGAUGCUCACAGCAUCGGUAUACUCCCUGUCCCCUGUACCUCUCCUCCCCCAGCUAUGGGUUCAGUCAAGUACAAGAGUGAAGAACGUGUGGUUCUCUGAAUGUUGUUGGACUCCAACUCCCAUCAUCCUGGACAGCAUAGUCAGCAGUUAGGGGCGAUGGGCACUGUAGUUUAGCAACGUCUGGAGGCCACAGGGUCCCCAUACCUGGAAUUGCUUUCUUCUUUCUUCCCUGUCAGACUACAGGUGACAGAUAUCCUUGAGUGCAGGUGAGGAUAAAUGCUUCCUGCUUCCCUUUCUUACAGUGAGUAUGGUUUCAAACCUAGGCAGGAGGCAAGGACCUGUUUCUCAGCAGUAGAAUUGGCUACUCAAAAGGUUAUUGUGAAGACAGUCAAGAUAAGGAAACACAUUAUCCAGUCUUUGGGAGGACUUUGGCUAGAAAUCAAAUUGUUCCAUGUUUAUUCAGGACCAAAGCAAACCUCUUUUCCCACUCUGUUUGGUCUCCUCCCAAAUGGCCAUUUCAAUAUAUUGUUAGGGACUGGCAGUGCAGGAUUAAAUCCUGUGGAGGCCCCCCUUGCAAAUUAUCUCCUAAUACGUUUUUGUAAUUUUCUCUCAAGAUCAAAUCAGUAUUAUUUUGAUCCAUUGUCUUGGGGCCCCUAAAAGACGUGGGGCCCUUAGGCCAGUGCCUACUCUGCCUAUUUGGUAAUCUGGCACUGGGGGCUGGCAGGGCUCUGAGGAGUGACCGGAAGUGGUGGCAGGGCUAGAGGCUGAUCUUGGGGAAGGGGGUAGUGAUUUAUGUGGUUGUGGGCCUUCUGUGAGGCAGGAGCCUGAGCUGGAGGAUGGGGAGGGGUCUGAGUAGUCAGAGACUGUGGAAGGACAGGACGUUCCAGGAACUGAGGAAGAGACAGUGCAUGAAGGGACGAGGCCAGCAGAAUCCCCUCCGUACCCUUCCCCACUGUCCCCCAGGACCAGGAGGGGCUUGAAGAGGCAGGCACAGUGACAACUUCAGUGUAGUUCAGUCACAGGCUGUUUGUGCUCACACCAUCAGAUGAGGGUACUUAAGUUUGGGGUCUAGGCCUGGCCACCUGUCCAACAGUCCAACUUGGAGUGCAAGCCUGAGGAGAGACGCCAGCUACCUAGCCACCAGAAGUGUGUGUGUGUGUGUGUGUGUGUGUGUGUGUGUGUGUGCAUGUUCAGUGAGCCUCAGGAGCUGUAAUUCUUUGUCAAUAAAGAAUUAAACAUUUGUCCUCCUUGGACUGGGUGUGCUCAGGAGGACGUCUAUUGAGCAAGUACCAGAGGCCUUUCUCUUCUUGCUAAAUGAAGAGGAGCCCCAUAACCACUCUUCUUGUUCAGGUGCUGGAUUCUUUGACAAAACAUUAAUGUGACAGUCAAGAUCCUGAGGGCUGACUUCUGUGAAGGGAUAUUAACCUGUAAAAGCAUUCACUAGUUUCAGGUUGUUUUUUGUUUUUUUUAUUAAAGAUUUUCUUGAUUUACAGAAGUAUGUGUAAUGUCUCUCGUAUUUUUUCCAUGUAACAUUUUUACAAAUCAGUUUCAUUUGUUGAGACAGUAGGAAGAAAAAGGGUGGAGGGGGGGAAGAUGGGUGGGGUCGGGUGGCGGUGUUUCUAUUUUGCUUAAUGUAUGUAGGGUUUGGUGUCAGCGUUUUCACUAGUUUCAGUUUUUCAAGAUUGCUGUUGAAAUGAGUUUUGGUCCCAUUUGCCUAAAUGCACACAAAAAGAUGGACAUUUAUGGGUCAUAUGUGGGGCGUCAGCAGUGACGGUACGGCUGCCUAACUCCCAGAGUUGCUGCUCCAGCUUGGUCCUCAUUUCCCCUCACCUUGAAGGCCAGUGCCCAGUUGAGGCUGAGACUUCUUUGUACAACAUAUUGUUGUAUCGUGGGCAGGAACCCUCUUCGUUUCUCUUUGCUUAGAGUUCUAACAGACUCCCCCGCUGAUGUCUUGCAUUCUCACUUUCUCCUUGACAGCUGAUCAUUGAGGAGCAGGAUGAGCAGCUGGAGCUCGUCUCUGGCAGCAUCCGAGUGUUGAAGCACAUGUCGAGUCGGGUCGGAGAAGAGCUGGAUGAGCAGACUGUGUGAGUGCAGGUAGUGUGGGGUGUGCGUGUGUGCUGAUGUAUUGCAACACUCCUAUCUUGCUCUUUAGACAAACCUUUCAAGCAGCAAAGGGGACAGUGGGGGCGGCCCAUUAGCAGGUUGGGCCUGGAUAAAAUGGCAGCAGACUAGUCCCAAGGCCGCUGCUAGAUCAGAGAAGAGGAUGCAGAACCUUUGUCUAUCUAGAACUGUGGUGGUCACUCAUUUCUAACAGAUUCAGGAAGGACUCGAGUUUCGGAGACAUGAGCACAGGAUGCUCCUGUACCUGUGUGAGCCCCCGAUAGGGGCUAAGAGUGCUUUACCCUCUCCCUCCUGCCCUUCUUCAGCAGGAACGGAUUUCUUUGCCAGAGGGCCCCCCUCCCAUUGCUGUGCACUUCCACUGCCCAACCCCAUUUUCUGGGUGAGCAUCACAAGGAGAGCACAUGGCCAGAACCUCUGUUGCUGUUCACUCUGCCAGGGAGCAAGCUAAGAAACCCUUUUCCUUGCAUCUUGGCUUGGCAGAAGGGAGCACCCUUGUAUUUAUUAAGGCUGGUUAUUGGGAUCAGGGAUUAUGCUUGGAACAGAUUGGACCUCUGGCUCCCAGUUGUGUAUCCCAUUACUAGAAAAUGCUGGUGUAGCUCGAAUGAGUAGAUUCUGAACUCUCUUGGCAGGGAAGAUACCCCUAAAAGAAAACUGCUUGCAACCUGCCGGCAUACCUGGCUGACAUCCCCAUGCUUUUUGUGGGGUGGAGGCAAGACUCAGAAGCUCUUAUUGGGAGAGGGUUGCCCUGUGGACAGUUGCCACUCGCGUUGACGAUGCCUUUGCUGGCCUUUCAGGAUGCUGGAAGACUUUGCCCACGAGAUGGACAGCACUCACAGCCGCAUGGAUGGCGUGCUCAAAAAAAUGGCCAGAGUCUCCCAUAUGGCAAGUGGUAAGAAACAGCUCUCUGUUCCAUAACUACUUUGGUACAAGGGAGAUUUUACUCUUCCACACCCCGAUAACCUAAUUCCCCAGACUUCUUGUAAUUGCUUUCUUUUGCCCAUCAGUUUUGCUCAGGGUUUGGCAUCAAGUAACUGAAGGUGUUGGUUUAGGAAUCUGGAUGCUUGCCUUCUCCCAUAAAAGAAUAGCAAAUGUUAUUAUUUUAGUGGUGGGGAAUGUUUCUCAUCCUGAGGGCUGCCUUCCUUUGUGGAUAAUCUGCUUGGAGCUGCAGUGGGGUAGCCAGGAAGCAGCACCACAGCAGAUUCUUACCUUUUGUACAGUAGACUAAUUCCAGCUUUGCAAAUGUCAGAUAAUUUUACACAUACUCACCUUCCAGGCAGGCGAGAAGCAGUAGAAUCCAGGAACAUAUUCAGUCAGCCAAGACAGGACUAGUGAGGGGUGUGGCCUCAGGAGAGGGGUGUGGCCUGGUAAAAGUCCCAGUGGCCAGGUAGAGAGGCCUUAGCUUCCUCACCCUGCCUUCAUCACCAUAAACAUCACCACAGGCGAAGGCAAUCUGGCUUCCACAAAUGAAUUCUGUGUUUCACAACUGUGAAUUUCUGCCCCUUUUCGCCUGCCUCUUGCCAACACUUCCAGCACACCCCCUGCCUCUUUCCUCUACAGCCAGAUUGGCCCAUUCGCUUGCUGGUGGGUGGUGGUGCAGGUGGAACAAUAAUACAGGGUUGAGCUUAGUAUUCACUUUGGAGGCAGUUUUUGCUGCCUUCCUCUCUUAAUCAAAGGAGCAUUUGGCAUCACUGCUGAGACUCAGCAAGGCAGAUUCAUCACAAGAGAUCUGGAGUACGUGCAUAUGUGUGAAAUAGAAUGGCAAUUAAAAGAAUGAUGUAAUGGUAUAAAAACCUGAACAUUCUGGUUGGGCCAGUGUUGCAUCUCCAUUUCUACUGCUGGCUCUCAGCACAAGUCCCUAGAGUAAUAGAUGCAAAAGCAGGUUAAAACCAUUUUUUCCCUGGCAGGAGUGCCACUACAGUGUCAUUUAGUGCUCUUGUUUCUGGCUUACAAAGAGCAGGCAGUUGCACACAGGAAUGCAGCUUCCCGAGUCAGAUCCUUUGUCUACCUAGCUUGGUAUUGUGAAUGCCAACUAGCAGCAGCUCUCCAGACACUCCCAGCCUUACCUGGAGAGGCUGGGGACUGAGCCAGAGAUCUUCUGCAUGCAGAUCUCUUAAGUUGCAGCCCUUCCUCCAUGGGUGAGGCAGGCAGGAAUUCAAGCUCCACUGUAUGGCAUAAACAGGCCUGCAGUGUCUCUCCAUCCUGCCCCACCUCUUGCCCAAGAGUGCUACAGAUGUUAGCUACCUGUGUCCAGUGCUGGAAAUUCCCGUUGUUCUAGGCGCAUUUUGCGACCGCGAAUUUCAUUCGUGCUAGCAGUUUCUGAGCUCUGGGCGCAGUACUGUGUCUUAAGAUUUCAGAUUAAAAUGGCAGUGUGGAAAGGAGGACCCUUUUCUGCCUCCCCACUUCCAGCUACUCUCUGAAGACUGGAGAAGAGACCCUCUCAAUAAGAUUAGGGGGGUGGGCAGGGGAAAGACUAGACCCUGUGAAAAAUGAACAUAAUAUUUUAGCUGCAGUUCAUUCCUUUUAAGCUUUGUAUUCUUAUUAUUUAAAAAGUGUUCCUAGACAUUCACGUCUGCACGCACACAGAUACCGGAAAUCGUGUCUACUCAUGUCAAAUGCUGAAAAUAGCUUCUGCGCAGGUGUGCUUUUUGGCAUCUGGGCAUGCGCAAAGCGAUUUCAGGCACCACGAACAUGCGCAGAUGUGAUUUCUGGUGUUGCGCUGCACCAGUCCGGCUCACACACGAUCUCCUUGGGGGUGGUCCCGCCCAUGGCCAGUAAACCUUGCUGACCCCUGGAUUAAUGAUUAAUCCAACAAAAUAGAUUAGGUCUCCACACUAUGGUGUUUUAAUCUGGGAACAGACCACCCAACAUCAUUUCCUCGAAUGUUCACUUGAGCUCUUUCUACUUGUGGUCUUCCAAGGAUGAUUCUUGCACCUGUAUCCAUCAUGCUUGGAGUGCAGGCCAGUGGGAUGGGGCACAUGGUUCAGAGGGUUAGAAUAUGGUUCAAAUUGCAGCAUCUUACCUGCUUUAAAUUAAUUCUGUUUAAGGCAGGGCUGGAGAACCCAUAGCUUUCCAGAUGUUCUUGUACUACGGCUCCUAUGAUCCCUGACCAUUGGCUAUGCUAUCUGGAGCUGAUGGAAGCCAGAGUCCAACAAGAUGUGGAGGGCCACAGGUUCCUCAUCCCUGUCUUAAAGCAUCCCAUCUAACUGUUUUUGCUUAUUUGCAAUGUCAGACCCCUCACUGUGGUGGAAGGGCUGGUGGGUUCUUAACAGGAUUGGUCUUCUUGCAUUUAACACCAUUUCCCCCUGUAUUUUCUCUUCUCCCACUCCAUCAGAACGGCGUCAGUGGUGCAUCAUCGGCCUGUUGCUCGUUGUCAUGGUGGUAGUGCUGGUUCUUAUCUUUGCUCUGUGA